GAUGGGUUAUUUCAAGCCCCUCCUGGGUAUUUUCUUUGCUCCAGAUCCUAACCAGUUUCAUAGCUGCUUUGCUCAAUCAGGCAGUUGAGGCCAGUUUUCUGGUUCCAGCAAUAUUGAAGGAAACCCGAUCCCUGGUGGGAAUGUGGACCAAUGCUUGGUUCCUCCGCCAGAUCCGGCCUAAGACAAUCCAGACCUCUUCCAAACGAUCCGGGGACCUCCUUGAUCUUCUCCAUCUUCCCUUGGCUUUGCCCGGCGCAGAGGUCUUUUUCUGCCCCAUUGCCAGCUCAGGUCUCACACCCAACCUAACUGGAGCAUUAAAGAUAAUCAGAUCUGUGGUACCCUAAUUUCCAAAAGCUUGUUGUCCCCCUGCCAGGCUGCCGAGUUACCUUCUCUGGGCAAGAAUGCCCACAAGAAAUAGGCACCUGGCUCCCCAGACAGGCCAGAAGUUCUCCAGAGUUCUUCUCAGAGCUCAUAGGCACCCUUUUCCUUAAUCCUUGGGACUCCGAAGGAGGCGUUCACCAGCGGCAGCUGCUGAAGGAGCUGAUGGAAGACUACAUCCCCUUGGAGAGACCGGUGGGGGACGACGCUCAAGCCAUCACCGUCCACUUCACUCUGAGUCUUCUGCAGAUCAUGGACCUGGAUGAGAAAAAUCAAGUCCUCACCACCAACGUCUGGCUGCAGAUGUACUGGUACGAUCAUUAUUUGCAGUGGAAUGAAUCAGACCACCCCGGUGUGAAGACCCUGCGUUUCUCGGCUGGCCAGGUGUGGAAACCCGACAUCCUUUUGUACAACAGUGCCAAUGAGGAUUUCGACUCUACCCUCCAUACCCACAUCUUGGUUAAUUCCAGCGGUUACUGCCAGUGGCUGCCCCCAGGUAUUUUGAAAAGCACGUGCCGAAUCGACGUCCGUUGGUUCCCCUUUGACACCCAGAAAUGCGACCUCAAGUUCGGCUCCUGGACUCACGACGGGUGGUUGCUCGACCUGCGCAUGCUGGAGAUGGACACGUCGGGCUACGUGUCCAAUGGCGAAUGGGACCUUGUGGGUGUCCCUGGCAGCGAGAACAAAGUUUUCUACGAAUGUUGCCGGGAGCCGUACCUGGAUGUCACCUUCGCCGUCAUCAUGCGCCGCCGGACGCUUUACUAUGCGUUGAACAUGCUGGUGCCCUGCUUGCUACUUUCGGCUGUGACGUUCUUGGUGUUCCUGUUGCCUGCUGAUUCGGGGGAGAAAAUUUCUCUGGGCAUCACCGUCCUUCUCUCGCUCACCGUCUUCAUGCUGCUGGUGGCUGAAGUCAUGCCGGCCACCUCGGACUCCGUGCCGCUGAUAGGGCAGUAUUUUGCCAGCACCAUGGGCAUGGUGGGCCUCUCCGUGAUGACCACCGUCUUCGUUCUCCAGUACCAUCACCAUGACCCCGAGGGCGGAUCCAUGCCCAGAUGGGUCCAGGUGCUGGUGUUGAACUGGGGCGCUUGGCUCCUGCGGAUGCGCCAACCGGGAGAAGAGCCCGUGGGGCGCCCCCCCUGCGCCCCCAGUUUGCUGAGCUGCAGUUCGGACAACAGUGAUGGGGGCAGCCCACCGACCCGCCCGGCUGUGCCCAUCGCCAAUGGCAACCUGGCUUACACGGGGGUGCCCGCUGUUGCCGCCGCCGCCCCUGCCCCCUUCCCCACCAAGCCGCCUGAUGUGCCACGGCCGUUCCUUUUCUCGCCGGGGCUCCCGGAGGACCUUCUCACGGCCCCCCAGUUGAGCUCUAUCCUGAAGGAGUUGCGCUACGUGGCUCAGCGUUUCCGCAGCCAAGAUGCCUCUCGGGCCACCUGCAGCCAGUGGAAAUUUGCCGCGGCGGUCAUUGACCGCCUCUGCUUGGUCCUCUUUGCCCUCUUUCACAUCGUCUGCUCCUUCGCCAUCCUCAUGGCAGCGCCCAACUUCGCCGAGGCCAUCACCAAGGACUUCCUGUGAUGCCUCAGAGACGGGCUUCGGACCGCCUCCCUGAGCUGGCGAGAGGGUCUCUCCUGGGUGGCAAAAGGCAGGGCCACCCUCCAAACCA